CUAAAACAGACGGCGGCGGCAUCACCAAGAGUUUAGUUGAGUCUCGUUUUGGAUUUCGGGUUCGGUCUCGGUCUCGGAUUCGGUUUGUUAUUUUUUGGCAUUUUGUUCGAUUUUUGGCUCGACGUCGACGACAUCUAAUAAAAAAGCUGUACUCGGCAGUAAGUACAUGUGUGGAGAGCACCGCGCUGAGAGCCCCUGUGCAGCCAUCAAAAAUAAUUCAAAAUGUAGACUGCCAGCCGAACAAAGCCAACCCGAAAUAAAACGCAAAAGUGCAGAAAAACAAUCGAGAACUGAGAAUAAAGUGUUGUUUAAUCGCCAAAAAGUAAUUUGUGUUGAAAUAAAAGUGCUAACCAACGCGGCGUAUACGCAACGCUUCCUUAAGAGGAGGAAGCACAAGCUGGAGAGUACAGGCACUGCUCGACCCAUGUAGAACCGCCACACUUACAAAAUUGUUUAUCAUUUAGAAUUUAUGUGGGAAUCGAAAAGAAAAAUAAAAUAUUUUGUGAUCGUCUGCAGUCGUUUUUAAAACAUUGAAAAGUGCAUUCCGCAUAUAUGUAAAUCUCAUUGCCGUCCGUGGCGUGGCUGUGUGUAUCUGCCACUGCAGAAGCGUUGGUAGAGGUACACAUCUAUGCUAUGCAGUCGCAAUCACGAAAUUCGGUUCAUUUUGGAGAUAUCUGUGUGGCCACUUGCAUCUUUGUGUGGGUGUGAGCUGCGCCAGUGUUUGCGGGUCGUUGCAAUCCGCUAUUUCGGCCUCUCAUAGCUCCCUGGCUCGAAGCUUCGACGAGUCGUGCCCAUUGCCUGCCGCAAUCAACAUUUUGAGCUACACCGGAAGAAAAUCAUCAUCCACCAGGAAGACGAAGGCAGUUUUUUUAAAUAAUAAAGGGUUCUUUAUCCUCUCUCAGCUCAGAGGGCACACAACUUGAAAAAGUUAAUUAAUCAUAAAUAAUUGAGAAACUUAAGAAGAAAGGAAUUUUAAAACUAACCAGGAUGAAAAACAAAUUGAAUUCACAGAUCAAUCGCAUAGCAGUGGUAACAUAUAAGGCCUGUAGCUAAGAAGGAAAACAAAAUGUGCAUUAGGAACCAAUAAUUAAAACCCAAAAUACUAAAAGAAUAGCAGGAAAGCAAAAGCUUUUGCCCACGAAAGCAGGCCAACAAGAAUUGGAUUCUUGGACAAAAGACCAAAUCUACCAGAACCUGCAAAAGAGUCAUUAACCAGCAAACAGGAUGGCCAUCAACUUUUCGGCCUCUUUCGCGGCCUGCAUAGCAGCCGGGUUAAAAGUGCCGCGACAAAUCAUGUACUGCAUUACGCAGGACACGGGGCAGCCGUACGUCCUUUACAAGGACUCGCAGGACCCCGAGCGUAACCCAGGAGCGAUUGGUGCCAGCCCCGCGCAGUGGGGCAGCGAAAUGUACCCCAACAUCCAGCAGCAGGCCCAACAGCAUCUGAGUGCUCAGCAGCAGCAACAACAGCAACAACAGCAGCAAAACGCAGUGCAAGCGGCGGCCCAAGCAGCCGCUGCAGCAGCAGCUGGUCAGCCGCAAAGUCCGCCCGGUGGUGGCCAGGAACCACGUGAAAACGGUAGUGGCGAUGGUCGCCAGCAACAAGUGUCGCCUUCCUCCAGCCCCUACCCGUCGGUGCAGCAACGAGGAAAUGGUGGGGGAGAAGAAGACGCAAUGAACCAGCUGGCUAAUCAACAGAACUCUGCGCCCAACCAAAACCAAAGCAGCAACGAUCCCCAGCACGCCGCACCCAACGCUGGGGAGACCGGAAACCCACACGUGCAGCAGAACGGGGGUGGCCCUCAAGGGGAUCCUGGAAACGGAUUUCAAACUGCGCCGGACUACUACGCCUCUCGCCAUGCGCCUCCCCAAGGGGGAAUGCUAGCCCCUCCCGGAUUUCCGCCUCUUCACUAUCUUAACAAAGGCGUCUUGCCCAUGGAGCAGGCCGGCGGUGGCGGCGGGGGAAGCGGAGGCGGAAGCGAAUCCUACUCCAUGCCCGAGCUACUGCCUAGUCAACAAAACGGCCAGCAAAGCGCCGGGCCGGCAAAUGCAAAUGCCAAUGAAGGCGCUGCAGCGGCCAACGGAGGAGGAGUAGGUGCGACCGGUGCGGGAGCCGGCGUUGGCACGGUCAGUGGCGUGGCGACUGGAGGACGGACGGGUAAUGGUCCCGGGCGUCCGCAUAAAAACAAGCCACACAGUGAUUUACGGUUGUUCAAGUGCCUCACAUGCGGCAAGGACUUUAAGCAGAAAAGCACUCUGCUGCAACACGACCGCAUCCAUACAGACGCACGUCCCUUUCCGUGCUCCGAAUGCGGAAAACGCUUCCGCCAGCAGUCGCACCUCACGCAACACUUGAGAAUCCACGCCAACGAAAAGCCCUUCACCUGCCCGUACUGUUCGCGCAGCUUCCGGCAGCGUGCCAUUCUUAACCAGCACAUACGCAUCCAUUCGGGUGAGAAGCCCUUCGCCUGCCCCGAGUGCGGCAAGCACUUUCGCCAGAAGGCCAUCCUCAAUCAGCAUGUGCGCACCCACCAAGAUGUCUCACCCCAUCUCAUAUUCAAGAACGGGCCGCACCCCACACUGUGGCCUUCGGACGUUCCUUUUCCGGGCGAGGAGAACGACACCAAGGGGGACAUCGCAGGAGGCAGCGGAUAUCACGACGAGGAUUCGCAGGGUACACCCGAUGGCAGUGGCGGCAUGCAUUAUCCCUCAUAUUUCAAGGACGGCAAAGGUGAGCCGCAGCAUUGCAAAAGAUUUAAUGAGUCUCUAUCACUAUUUUUUACAGGACAAAAGAUACUGCCCGAGGUCCUUCAGCAUAUUGGAGUACGGCCUGCCAACAUGCCGCUUUACGUUCGCUGCCCCAUCUGUGACAAAGAGUUUAAGCAAAAGACGACCCUUUUGCAACAUGGCUGCAUCCACAUAGAAUCGCGGCCAUAUCCUUGCCCGGAGUGCGGAAAGCGUUUCCGACAACAAUCGCAUCUUACGCAGCACCUUCGCAUUCACACCAAUGAAAAACCAUUUGGCUGCAUGUACUGCCCGCGCUUCUUCCGCCAGCGAACUAUUCUUAACCAGCACUUGCGCAUCCAUACCGGUGAAAAGCCAUACAAGUGUGGCCAGUGCGGCAAGGACUUCCGUCAAAAGGCCAUACUUGACCAGCACACACGCACCCACCAGGUAGGAGACCGACCAUUCUGCUGCCCGAUGCCUAACUGCCGGCGGCGUUUUGCCACCGAGAACGAGGUGACUAAACACAUCGACAACCACAUGAACCCCAAUACCACAAAGGUACGCCGUCAGCAGCAACAACAGCAUCAGCAGCAGCAUCAGCAGCAGCAGCAGCAGCAGCAACAGCAGCAGCAGCAGCAACAGCAGCAGCAAAACAACAACAACAACAACCCUGUCGCCCAGGUUGCAGCAGUAGCCAACCAUUUAAUGAAUGAUGCAAAGAACCUAGCCGCCCAACAAUUCCUCAACAACAACAACUCAUCGAGUGUGGAUAACAAGGCUAACAUACUGCCGAUGCGGAGCAUAGCUGCCAACGCGGCAGCUGCCGCCGUUGUCCAACAAUCGGUGGUUAAGAAUGAGCUUUAUUUUCCACAAUGCUAUGGGCCACCUUUCCAGCACCCCUUCCAAACACAACAGCAAGCGCAGCAGCCCAGCGUGGCGCACGCUAAUGGGGGCCCUACGCCACCAGUAACCGUAACAGUGGCAAACUCGGUAGCUCCAGGAGUGGUGGUACAACAAAAUGCGACUGCCUCAGUGGUGGCUCAGUGACAUCCCACCACUUCAGCAACUGGAGGACCUCAGCAGCAUCAGCAGCCGCCAGUUUCGGCGCAGCAACCACAUCAUCCACCCCCACCGCUGCCGGUACCACUGCCGAUUCCGCCCACAUCGUCCGCCCACCAUGUUACGGCAGCGGGUGAAGCAGCAACACCCGCGUUGCCUACCGCCGCUCACGCCUCGCCAGUAACGGCGCCGCAGACGGUCACGCUGUCUAUCACGCUACCGCCUCCGCCGAGUACCCAUUCGGAUCAUGCGGGCCAUCCAGGAAUGGCAAAUGGAGCUCCAUCCCAACCACCUACAACUUUAUCACAUGCAAUUCCCAUACAUCCACAUAUACACUCGAUAUUUGGUUCUCUAUAAUGUCUUUAUUCAUAGACAAAAGCAGGAGCGCGCACGACGAACUCAAAUUGAAAAACGGACACACUAUUCACAAUACUUGAUAGGUUUUAUAAGUUUCUCUAGUAUUAGACACAUACAAAUUCUCCUAGUUUUUAAAACUAAACUCUAAUCGGAUUACCACAAAACACAGUUUUGGCUACGGAAACCAUCAUUAUGAGCGGCUUGAACGAAAACGUAAACAGGACGAGUACUAGUCUUUUUCAAAAGGACUCUAAACUCCUUUGAUAAAAACCAUAAACAUGAAAUGCGAAUGGUCAAUGAUUAAGAGAAACAGAAAAGUGAAAAGGAUGGAAAGUGAAAAAAUGUAACCCCGAAGAAAAUGGAGAAAGCCAAAACACAACGUUAUACGAUUCCUUUUUGAUAACUUAGUUUAAGAAUUCGGACACCUUGAAGACAAGACACACAUCAAAUAUUUAUAUUGACGCAAACACCCACACACAGUAACACACGCAUUGUUCGUCAAUCUUGAUUAGAAAGGAGUUAUACGACUAGGCGUAAAGUUAGGAUAGCUCAGAUCUAGGGAGUAUGAAUAUGUGAAGUGAUAGAUAGGGCAGCUAGAAGGUUAGGGAAGGAUGACUGCAGCUGAUCGGAAUUAAGGUACCGCAGACAUUGCGCUGAGCAAUUUGAUUUUCAAUGACAGCAGCUAAAGUUUACUUUUGUUCUUCAGAUACCUUAAAAUAUCGCAGUUUUUGUAGAUUAAAUAAGGUUGUUUGGCAUAGGUCGGGCAAUUAGCAAAACCGAUAAGGUAACCCUGGGCUAGCAAACUCUCAUUAUAUAUCUCUUAUUUGAUUUAAAACGAUGUGAUUUUUUUUAAUAAUAAACCAAUAUUGAUUGCAAUUUAACGAUAAAGAACUAAAAACCCUUAUUAUUUUGAGCUAGGGUUCUUUUACGGUCUUCCCAAUCUUUGUUUUUAUUUUCAGUUUUAAUUUGAAAUUAGAAU